AUGUUUGAUGUUCAACGACCAUCACGUCUAACCUCGGAGCUCGUUAGAACAUCAGUCCAAAGUCCCAUCGGCAGGAUCAAGCGUGCCACCACUGCUAAUGCUCCAGGUCUGCGACAAGAUUCAGUCCCGAUUAGGGCCAAGGGUGCUGCCUCCCUUACCCAGGCACCGCCCUAUUAUGGCAACGAAUUUUCGUCGCAGGCGGAUAUUGCAUUCAACCUUUCCAAGCAUGUGGACAUAAUCAAGGAUAAUGGCGAGAAACUCUUCUAUUGCGACUUCCCCCCGAGGAAGCAAGCCAUCAGCCCUCCGUUACCGAGCACAGGAAAUCAAAUUAAUACGCUGAUUCGCGAUAUUCAAACAGCACUGAAAGAGGCCCGGAUUGAGUGUUCUUCAAACCUCCUCGCGGGUUUCAUUCCCCGAGACAGAUUCGAAGAGAUUUUGACACCCGAAAAGGUUUAUCGAAUUAUCAACACUUUAAAGUGCUGUAGCGAAGUUGAGGACAAGCAUGCUAUGACGCAGGAUAUUUGCUUUGGGGACGAGAGAGGCGCGCCAAGAUUAAAGAUAUUUGCCAUCUUACUAUUGAUUGAUAGGACUGAAGAUGCUGUCAAGUUUCUCGGCGAUGGAGUGUGUGACAAUUGCCUAUCAUUGACAAGUUGGCCACCGUUAUGUUCCAUUCACGGCCGGCAUCACGCAUUUGAUAAUUACGUGACCGAGGAUCUCGAACUAUUCAUAGGUUGGCAUUGCAUUCUUUCGGCACCAUAUAUCAAGAUUCGCAAAGAUGUGCAUUCCCAUUACAUUUUACAGCAUGGUCAUUUCCUGCCGAUGAAGCUUCGCAAAGUUCCCUGGGGUGGAACCGAAAGAAAUACAGCCCAAUACGGAGGAUUUAGCGAAGUCUACCAGGUUCAAAUCCCCAGUUCACAAUACAACGACGAGCUUGACAGUCGACUUAAUCGUCGCUUCGCCCUCAAAGAACUAGCCUCCGAAUUUGAUCAAGGAGAGGCAUUCAGAGCCGAACUUGAAUUUUCGUUAUAUUUAUCCCACUUGGACGGAGAAAUGAAACAUUUGAAUAGACUGCUUGCCUCCUUUGAGCAACAUAUAAAAGGAGGCCGGUCACGAUAUUUUCUUCUUUUCGACUGGGCGGAUGGGGAUUUAAACAAGUUCUGGAAGUCACACGAAGCAUCUAGAUUGGAUACCAACCAUGAAGUCUGGAUGGCACAACAGAUGAGUGGGCUCACAGACGCUCUGGAACUCAUUCAUAAUGGCAAAUCGUUAUUUGAUAGACGGGACAGCCGCCCGGAACCUGACCUGUCUAAUUUCAAGUAUGUGUAUGGCAGGCACGGAGAUAUCAAGCCAGAGAACAUCCUCCUCAUUGAGAACUCGAUUGGCAAGCGCGACCUCGUUCUUGCAGAUUUUGGAAUCUCAAAACUCUACUCGAAAUUCUCACGGUGUGGAGAAGAUCCCAGAACCUUAGCAAGAACAGACACCUACCGAGCACCUGAGUUCGACCUCCCUGAUGGGUUGAUAACCCCCGCUGCAGACAUCUGGAGUCUGGGAUGCGUUUUCCUUGAAUAUAUUUGCUGGUACCUUCUAGGGUUUAAAGCGGUUGAGGACGAGUUCGCCACUGAAAGAAUAACAAAUGAUAUCUACGGUUUCGCUGUAGACAUUUUUUUCAGUAUCGAAAAAGGAGAAAAUGAACGCUAUCGCGCUUUUCUGAAACCUACAGUCAGAGAAUGGAUCCACCGGCUAAAGGAACAUGAUAAUGCCACGACAUAUCUGCAGCAAAUGCUAGAUCUCAUCGAGCAUGAAAUGCUUGACCCAGAUGCCGCAUCACGAACUACAGCCACUGUGCUAAGCAAGAAGUUCAAGAAUCUCUGUCAAGAAAAGGAAAGGUUAUCGAGGCGAUUUGAGAAGCAAAGCACUGGAAUAAAACGAUCACACGCUUCAGCUCGCCACAGCAAUGCCGUUGAUCUCAAACGCGGCAGUCACAUACUCUCGACAUCAGUAACAUUUGACUCCCCCCCCGGUGCAACUCGACACACACAUGAACAGCCUCUGACUGCUGAUCAGGCAAAAUCGGAUUCUCUGCAAAAUGAACCACGCCGUGCGUUUCCUUUUCCUUUUAUCUCUGCUCUAUAUCCGCACACAUGCAUUUACUCAAUAGCCUUACUAGUCUCCUCAUUCUACUCUUCGCUACCCCUUUUCGUUGAAAAUACCCUCCAGCGCCUUCCAAGCAUUUUCAACAAGUAUCCAGUUCCAGAUGGCAUGGUGCGAACCAGGUGGAAAUGUACUUGUGGGGUUGAGCUUUUCGAUGAUGUUUUUGACAAUGACACCCUCUCAACCGACUCACAAGCACAAAAGCUUCAGAAGGAAAGUACAAUCAGUACGAAGCAAGCUAUGAGCCAAAGUAUCCAGGCCAUCCUAUCACUUGGCCGCUCACUGUCUGGAGCGUUUCGGAAAAUGCUCUCAAUAUCCGGGCCUAUUCUACCUACCAAUAAUCCAACACCAUCCAAUAGCACGCAGAGUAUAACCACGAACCCGUCAGCUACGUUAGGUCCAUUCUCUGCGGACUACCUGUUAUUUUGUGUUGAAGAGAGCAUUAACAAGACGAUCUUAACAUUCAUCCUCAUAAUCUUUCUUGCUCUGGGAGCUGCAUAUGUCUCCCUCCCCUUGACAGGAUCGAUAAUGAAUACCGAUGUGGUCCAGCACCAUAUCAACAGCCUGAAGCCACGCCUGUCAUUGUGUCUAGUCGUCUUACACAUUUUCUCAAGUCUCCCGGCUGCAUUGACUCGAGGCAAAAGAGCAUACUGA